CAGGAGGAGCUGAUAGCGCAGAAAAAGAGGGAAAUUGAGGCCCGGCUGGAGCAGCAAGCAAAGCAGAACUGCCUGAGCAUCCCGCAGCUGCCGCUGUUUGGAGAAGAUGAUGGCACUGACAGCGAAGCCUGUGUUUCCAACAAGUUUGUUAAUGAUGGCAGUUUCCUCCAGCAGUUUCUCAAGCUGCAGAAGGAAAAGUCCAGUGCUGCACCUCCCCCAAGUUCCACUAGUAACUCGGGAAACACUCCAGCACCACCUGUUGGGAAGAGGCCGCUGCUGCUGGGGAAGCGGCCGGGGCAGGUCCUGAGCAGGAUGCUGCACCAAGCGAAGAGCUACUCCCAUUCCAAACAGAGCCCCGUCUUGACCCGCCUCAGUGUCUUUCAGUCUCCAGAUGAAGAUGAGGAGGAAGAUUAUGAGCAGUGGUUGGAAAUUAAAGUUUUACCCCCAGAGGAUGCGGAGACCCGACAAGUGGUGGAAAAGCUGGCUAGGUUCGUGGCUGAAGGGGGACCUGAGUUAGAGAAGGUGGCUAUGGAAGACUACAAGGAUAACCCAGCUUUUUCGUUUUUGCAUGAUAAGAACAGCAGAGAAUUCCUUUACUACAGAAAGAAAGUGGCAGAGAUAAGGAAAGAGAAUCAAAGUUCUCAGGCAUCCUCUUCUCAGAAAGUUUCACCCCCAGACGACGAAGAGACAAAGAACUCUGCUGAGAAACUGGCCCGGUUCAUAGCAGACGGGGGUCCUGAGGUGGAAGCUAUUGCCUUGCAGAACAACAGAGAGAACCAUGCUUUCAGGUUUUUGUACGAGCCCAACAGCAAAGGCUACAGGUAUUACCGGCAGAAGCUGGAGGAGUUCCGAAAGCCCAAGGCCAGCCCUGCCUCUGCCCCUGCACCUGCAGAGGCCUCUCUGAAAAGGAAGACCAGCCCCGAAGCCUCACCCUCACCUUUGUGCUUGCCCUCUUUGCCCUUGCCCUCACCUUUACCUCUGUCUUUGCCCCUUCCGACAGCCCCACCUGCUGCUGCCACCACCCCUGCUGCUGCCACUACCAAAAAGAAGCGGAAGAGCCGGUGGGGGCCGGAGGAGGACAAGGUUGAACUGCCCCUCCCACAGCUCAUCCAGCAGCUGGAUUCCCCUUCCCCUCUUUCAGUUCAGGACCUGAAAGGUCUUGGUUAUGAAAAAGGGAAACCGGUUGGUUUGGUGGGUGUGACAGAGCUCUCUGAAGCCCAGAAGAAACAGCUGAAGGAGCAGCAGGAGAUGCAGCAGAUGUAUGACAUGAUCAUGAAGCACAAACGAGCCAUGCAGGAGAUGCAGAUGAUGUGGGAAAAGGCAAUUCAGCAGCACCAACAUGGCUAUGACAGUGAUGAGGAGGUGGACAGUGAGCUGGGCACCUGGGAGCACCAGCUGCGCCGCAUGGAGAUGGACAAGACACGAGAGUGGGCUGAGCAGCUGACCCAGAUGGGCAGAGGGAAACAUUUCAUUGGAGACUUCCUCCCACCUGACGAGCUGGAGAAGUUCAUGGAGACGUUCAAGGCACUGAAGGAAGGACGUGAGCCGGAUUAUUCGGAAUACAAAGAGUUCAAACUGACUGUGGAAAACAUAGGUUAUCAAAUGCUAAUGAAGAUGGGCUGGAAGGAGGGCGAGGGACUUGGCUCGGAUGGACAGGGGAUUAAAAACCCAGUCAGCAAGGGGACCACAGCUGUGGAUGGAGCUGGUUUUGGCAUCGAUCGCCCCGCUGAGCUGACCAAGGAGGACGAUGAGUACGAGGCGUUCCGCAAGCGCAUGAUGCUCGCCUACCGCUUCCGACCAAACCCUCUGAACAAUCCACGACGACCUUACUACUGA